AUGCAGGUCACGGGUCAACUGAGGGCACCCUUUCUGCAACCAUGCCCUGGGAGGGAUGACCUGAAGCAACUCAAAGAUCCCCAGUGUCAGCCGGUGAAAUGUACCAGGCUGCCCGACUGGAGCGGGAAGGACUGUUGCCAGUAUUGGAAG